UUUUUUUUUUAAUAUAAUAGUAAUUUAUAGGUUUUGUCAAAUUACAAUUUUAUCCCACGUUUAAAAUUACGAUUAUACCCCCGGUUAAAAAUUAAAUUUGUCUUUUGCCCCUGCCUAAAUUUACGACUUCGCCCUCAAGUAAAAAAAAUACGAUUUCCCCCCAGUUCUAAAUAAAAUUAUGCUUUUUGCCCCAGCUAGAGUCCUGCCAGAUUUUGAUUUGGUUCCCAGUUUAAAAUUACGAGUUCGCCCCCUGUUCAAAAUAAAAUUUUGGUUUUGCCCCCAGCUAAAAGUUACGAUUUUGUCAUCAGUUAAAAAAUUACGAUUUUACCCCGUGAAUAGUUCAGUUAGGUGGUUGGCCAAAAGUGGCGGCCACCUUUUUUUUAGCAUAUAAUAGUUAUUAAUAGGUCCAGCCAAAUUACAAUUUUAUCCCAAGUUUAUAAUUACGAUUUUGCCCCCGGUUCAAAAUAUAAAUUUUGUUUUGGCCCCCGCCUAAAUUUACGAUUUUGCCCUCAGUUAAAAACAUACGACUUUGCCCCAGUUUAAAAUAAAAUUAUGGUUUUGCCCCCAGCUAGAGUCCUGCCAAAUUAUUAUUUGGUUCCCAGUAUAAAAUUACGAUUUCACCCCAGUUCAAAAUAAAAUUUUGGUUUUGCCCUAGCUAAAAAUUACGAUGUUGCCCUCAGUUAAAAAAAUACGAUUUGCCCCCAAUUUUAAAUAAAAAAAUGGUUUUGCCAUCAGUUCAAAAUGUUAUUUCACCUCCAUUUUUAAAUUACGAUUUAUUCCAGCUAAAAAUUGCAAUCUUGCCAUUAAUUUUUUUUUGAGCAAAACUAUGGUAGUGUUUUAUUUUACUUGGUUGACUCAAUUUAGUUUUUGUUCGUGCCAAACAGCUGUCUAGUACUCGCUAAUUGGUCCUGAUAAAUUAUUGUUUUGCCCCCAACUCUAAAUUACAUGCUUGCCAUCUUUUUUUUUUUAAUUUUUUUUAUCAUAACUAUGGUAGUUUUUUGUUUAAUUGGUUGGCUCGAUGUAUUUUUUUGAGAUCGUGUUAUAAAUAGCAUGUAUAACUAACCGAAAUAAAGACGUACAUAUUAUUAAACUAAGAAAUAUUCGGUUUAACACCCCGCAACACGUACGGUGCAUUAAUCUAGUCAAAUACAAAAAGGUAAAUUUAACAAACUAUGGACCAAUCAAAUGGGGUCCUCAGCCUCUUCUUCCCCAUAAAAAAUAAGCAUUCUGACCAUCACACCGUCCAUCACCAUGAUCAUCUAGUCUACCCUCCCCCCUUCUUUACCUCACGUUUUCUUGAUUUUUUAUUUAUUUACCUUUUCUCACAUAUCUUCUCCACCUAAUGCCUAUUUAAUAAACCCACAUGCUGGAACAUGUUUAUUAUCAUUUCCCACAAAACCCUCUUAAAAAAAAAAUCAGUCUUGAUUCAGUUUGAUCAACUUACAUGAUAUGGGUGCUUGCUUUUCAACCAUCAAGAUCAGUGGCUCUAACAGCAACAAUGGAAAGCCUGAUGAAUUAAAGGAGAAGAUCCACAUUGAUGAGAAACAGGUGAACAAUAAUAAUAAGAAUAAGAGGAAAGAAAAGUUUUGUUCAAGAAAAGGGGUGAAUUCUUGUGGGAAAAGAAGAGAUUUUGGGUAUCUUAAAGAUUUUGAUGAGAGUUAUACUAUUGGGAAAUUGUUGGGACAUGGUCAAUUUGGGUAUACAUAUGUUGCUGUUGAUAAAGGUAAUGGAGAUCGUGUGGCUGUCAAGAAAAUUGACAAAAAUAAGAUGACACAUCCGGCUUCUGUGGAAGACGUUAAAAGAGAAGUAAAGAUAUUGCAAGCUUUAAGUGGUCACGAAAAUGUGGUUCAGUUUUACAAUGCCUAUGAAGAUAGCUCCUAUGUGUAUAUAGUUAUGGAGUUAUGUGAGGGUGGUGAGCUGUUAGACCGGAUUCUAGCUAAGAAAGAUAGCUGUUACUCAGAGAAAGAUGCAGCGAUUAUUGUGCGUCAAAUGCUUAAAGUUGCCGCAGAAUGCCAUUUACGUGGUUUGGUACACCGUGACAUGAAACCGGAGAAUUUUCUUUUCAAGUCACGUGAAGACGAUUCACAAUUAAAGGCUGUAGAUUUUGGUCUAUCAGACUUUAUAAGACCAGGAAAGAAGUUUACUGAUAUGGUUGGUAGUGCAUACUAUGUUGCUCCUGAAGUAUUGAAACGUAAAUCAGGGCCCGAAUCCGAUGUUUGGAGCAUAGGCGUUAUCACAUACAUUCUACUAUGUGGUCGUCGCCCUUUUUGGGAUAAGUCUGAAAAUGGCAUUUUUAAAGAGGUGUUAAGAAACAAACCAGAUUUUCGACGCAAACCAUGGUCAAACAUUAGCCCGAGUGCCAAAGAUUUUGUAAAGAAAUUGCUUGUGAAAGAUCCUCGUACAAGACUUACUGCUGCUCAAGCCCUGUCGCACCCGUGGGUUCGAGAAGGUGGAAAUGCUUCUGAAAUUCCCCUUGACAUUUCCGUUCUAUCCAACAUGCGUGAAUUUGUGAAAUACAGUCGCCUAAAACAAUUUGCUCUACGGGCUUUGGCUAGCACACUCAAUGAAGAGGAACUAUCGGAUCUCAAAGAUCAGUUUUAUGCAAUUGACGUCGAUAAAAAUGGCGCUAUUAGCCUUGAGGAAAUGAAAGAGGCGCUUGCUAAAGAUCUUCCUUGGAAGAUGAAAGAAUCGCGUGUUUUAGAGAUACUAAAAGCAAUGGAUAGUAACAAAGACGGGUUUGUUGACUUCAUGGAAUUUGUUGCAGCUACUCUUCAUGUUCAUCAGUUGGAAGAUCAAGACUCCGAAAAAUGGCUACAUUUAUCACAGUCGGCUUUUGAGAAAUUUGAUGUUGACGGGGAUGGAUAUAUAACUCCAGAAGAGCUUAGAAUGCAUACGGGCUUGAAGGGUUCUAUAGAACCACUUCUGGAAGAAGCUGAUAUAGACAAAGAUGGUAAGAUUAGUUUGUCCGAGUUUCGUAGGCUGUUAAGAACCGCAAGCAUGGAUUCGGGGAUAAUCACAUAGAGACUAUAUAAAACAAUGGCAUGGACGUUCUCAAAAGUGCGGUGAAGAAAGCGUUAGUCUCCCAAACAGUCGACAUUUUAGUCUCCAUGGAGGUCGAGUUUGGGGGUUUCCAGUUUCUUUAGUUACAGAAGAAAACUUAUGACAAGAUACAGUAAAGAUUCUUUUUAUUUGCAGGUAUUGUGUGUAAAAUGUUGGUCUGUGUAAUUUUUUUUCAUGCUUGCAUGUUUUUCAUUUUGUAUUUAAAACCCUCAUGUUGGCCAAUAUGGAGCAUAAUAUCUGUUUUCGCAUGUUUAAUACCGCGACUUAAUGAUAUGAAAAGAAAACAUGCUUUUA